CUGCACAACCGGGGAGUGAGAGAGGGCGGUCGCUGAGUGUUAUCUUGCUUGAACGCGGUGUGCGAAACUGCCGCUUGUGUUUAGUGUGGAGAGCAUUCCGUGGGAUACAGAAAUGAAAGGAUCCGCGAUUUUAACAAUGUCCAGUUUGCGGAGGUUAUGGAGAGCUUCUGUGCACUGUAAUCGUACUUUCAGUGCAAGCACAGCUAUAAUGCAGUCCAAGGAACAUACUCCAUCCAAAGAUAAUGAGGAGAAUGGCCACCCCGAAGAUAAGCCACAGGUCGAGUCAGGAAAAGAAAAGUUGCUGGACCUUCUGGGAUCAAUGAAAGUGGAAGUGACAUCUAAAAGAAAGCUGCAAUCUCUUAAAGGGCAAGUAAGCAAAGACCAAAAAAGAAUCUCAGUUGAAAGCUUAGAGAGUGCAACCAGUAUGUUUCAGGAAGCCUCCUCAGAAAAUAAGGAUCCCAAAACUGUUGUAAGCCCAGAGUUAGUUUCUGCUGUCUCUGCAGUCGCAAAGUCCAUGCCUGACAAAAACAAAGUAGAGUCAGAACUGUUACAACAGUUGCGGAAGCAUGAAUCUGGCAAUGGAGUACAAGCAAAACAAGAAACUGCGAACAUUGUAGAUAUCAUUGCGGACAUGAAGAUAGGUAAACAAACUAAUAAUGCCCGGUUUGCUGCCAGACCUGCAAAUCAGAUUCAUUUUGAUGAUGACGGCCAUGGUUAUACACAUGAGAAGGCAAAAACCAGUGAUUUUACUGGAAUAAAGAGACGGUUUGACUUAUUUCAAGGCAAACGUCUAAGCAUUUUCCAAGUACCUCUGGAGAUAAAACAUCCUGAUAAAAAAGAAGCACCUGUACUUUCCCUGUGGGACGUGGAGCUUGCCAAGGAGAUUGCAGCAGUUGUCCAGCAUAUGCCACGUAAUGGAUUUGAAGAAAUGAUCCAGUGGACAAAGGAAGGAAAACUAUGGCAAUAUCCCAUUGACAAUGAAGCAGGGCUGGAGGAAGAAGCAGAAGUCCCCUUCCAUGAACAUGUGUUUUUAGAAAACCAUCUGGAAGACUUCCCAAAGCAAGGACCAAUAAGGCAUUUUAUGGAACUCGUUGUGAAUGGGUUAUCGAAAAACCACAGCUUGACGGUAAAGCAGAAGACUGAACACAUACAAUGGUUCAAAGACUAUUUUAAACAAAAGGAGGAUAUAUUACGGGAAAACGAAGUGUACCUCAAUUGAAGAUAAGACUACAUAAAGACUAAAACAGUUUCAUUUU